AUGUCGUCGGCGGCUCCAAAGAAAAGUCAAGAGUUUGCUGAUAAAAGUAAACCUCAAGCUAUUCGUGACAGCAAUAUUGUCGCUGCUAAGGCUGUUGCUGAUGCAAUUCGCACGAGUCUGGGCCCUAAGGGAAUGGAUAAAAUGAUUCUAGAACCUAAAGGCGAUGUUACGAUAACGAAUGAUGGUGCAACAAUUCUCAAGCAAAUGAAGCUUCUACAUCCAGCCGCAAAAAUGCUUGUGGAGCUUUCUAAGGCACAGGACAUUGAGGCUGGGGAUGGGACAACUUCUGUUGUUGUUCUGGCAGGGAGUCUGCUCGAUGCAAGUGCCAAACUAUUGAAUAAAGGGCUUCAUCCUACUGUAAUCUCCGAGGCAUUCCAAUUAGCAGCUUCAAAAGCUUGCGAAGUUAUCUCUGAGAUGUCGCAGCCCAUUGAUCUUAAUGACAAGGAUAUGCUUCUCAAAAUUGCUUCCACUUCGUUAAAUUCCAAGGUUGUAUCUCAGUAUUCAAGUAUUCUUUCGCCAAUUGCUGUCGACUCGGUUUUGGCUGUUACCGAUUCGAAUGAUCCUGACUCAGUCAGCCUCAAGGAUAUACGGAUUGUGAAGAAACUCGGUGGGACCGUUGAGGAUGCUCAACUUAUCGAUGGUCUUUUGUUGAACCAAAAAGUUGAAUCGGGCUGUGGAGUUCGUCGAGUUGAAAAAGCCAAGAUUGCUUUGGUGCAAUUUUGCAUAUCCCCACCAAAAACUGACAUGGAGAACAAUGUGGUUGUUACUGACUACACACAAAUGGAUCGCAUUAUGAAGGAAGAGCGGCAAUACAUCCUCAACAUUGUUAAGGCCGUCAAGAAAUCUGGUGCUAAUGUAGUUCUUGUGCAAAAAAGUAUUCUUCGUGAUGCCGUCAACGAUCUUGCUCUGCACUACUUCGGCAAACUCAAAAUCAUGGUUGUGAAGGAUAUCGAGCGUGAUGAAGUUGAGUUUAUCUGCAAGACUAUAAAUUGCGUACCGGCUGCCAGUGUGGAUCAUCUCACUCCUGAAGUUUUGGGGAAAGCAGAUCUUGUUGAAGAAAUUGAAAGCGGUGGCUCCAAGAUUGUGAAAAUUACUGGCAUUCAAAACAAAGGUCGCACGGUCUCUGUCCUUCUCAGAGGAUCCAACAAGUUGGUUUUAGAGGAGGCCGACAGGUCCCUUCACGAUGCUCUUUGUGUAAUUCGUUGCCUUGUCAAGCGUCGAGCUCUGAUUGCCGGUGGCGGAGCUCCCGAGAUUGAAAUUUCUCAGAAGUUAGCGCAUUUAGCAAACCAGACUACUGGGUUGGAGCAGUAUUGCUUAAGAGCAUUUUCCGACGCCAUGGAGGUUAUUCCUUACACACUUGCAGAAAAUGCCGGUCUUAAUCCUAUUCAGACAGUUACCGAACUCAGAGCGCGCCACUCAAAUGGAGAAGUUAACUGUGGCAUCAAUGUCCGCAAGGGUGUUGUCAGUGACAUGAUGGCGGAGAAUGUCCUUCAGCCUCUUCAGGUCACCUAUAGUGCUGUAACUUUGGCGACAGAAACAGUUCGGAGCAUUUUAAAGAUCGAUGACGUGAUUAACGCAGUGCGUUUUUAG